AUGUCAGCCGUAAACAACAGCCGAAAAAAGCUGAAGUUCAAGUGGCUGCGUACUGCAGCUUCCCCAACAUCAUGUCUGAAGACAGGUGCUGUCUCAGGCACUCCCUCCCCAUGGAACAAGUCACCAAAAGAUGAUUUGCCCACUUCCCCCAUUACCAGCUUGUCUCCAUCUACUGGAUUUAAAGCCCUAAGUCUGGAUACUCCCAAGAGAAAAGCAGCGGUGUUCAAUGAACACAAGUCUUCAGACACAUCCAAGCUUAGGAAACAAUCCAGGAAAUGUUUUCAAGCACUCUCAUUCUCUGAGAAGACCAAGGCUGUGGAAGAAACACCCAAGCAAGUGAAAUCUACAGAUGACCAGCAACAGUCAUCUCAUUCUUUCAUCCUGAAAAAGAAUGAGAGGAGUUCUGAGGAAGGCUCAAGGGCCAUCUACAGGACAGCUUUGAAUGCAGCCAUUGGAAACUCAGAAGCAAAGCCCAACUCUUCUUUUAGCCCCAACACUAACUUACAAUGUUCUCCCUCAGUGUCGCCACGAGUUAUAACCAAAAUGACUAGUCUGACAUCAGCAGUUAGAAAUAUCUCCUCAUGUACACCCAAGAAAUCUCCUGAUGACAAUUUUACAGGAGUCCAAGAGGCUCAGUGGUCUCCAUCUCAGGCGUUUAUACAUGCAGGUGAUGGCACAGAGACAAAAGCAGAUGUAAGGAAUGUUGUGUUGGAGGGAGAAGAUUCACCCAAGAUGUUUAUACAGAUAUCUACUCCACAAAAUGAAUUACCGGCUCAGGACUGUGACUCGCCCAUUCCGGCUCUGGACUAUAUUCCAGAUUCUGUUUUGUGUCAUUGUACUCCCAUGCAUAGCCAUGACAGCCAGGAACACCCGAGUCCUUUAGUGUGUCCCCAAGAAGACACAUCUUCGUUCUCCUUUUUGUCCCCUGAUCAGUCUACUGAAAAAAUAGAGAGUCCGUUUGCACUGUCACAGAGAACAGUUUUUGGAUCUUUCAAGCAGCAUCGCACUUCAAAGACCUGCCGAGUUGAUGCUGAGAGUAUACAGUCCUCUAACAUUAUGGCCUGUUUAUCAGAUCCAUUUGCUCUGCCAGUACAUUCACGUACAGAAGCUCUGAGCUCCACCGCACGCAGACAGUCAGAUGUUGGCUGUUCCAUGCAUUACCCUCCCUACUCCAUUACUCAUGCUAGUACUCCAAAAAGAAGAUGGUCAGUGGGGCCAGAGUCUGCAUGGACUAGUUACCACCAUCUUGACAAUCAGGUUGGUUUCGUGGAUACACAUUGCCAUCUGGACAUGCUCUAUGGAAAGCUGGGCUUCCGCGGGACGUUCACCAGUUUUCGACGUUUGUACAAAAGCAGCUUUCCUUUAGAUUUUCGAGGAUGUAUUACAGAUUUUUGCAACCCACGGCUCAUGGUAAAGGAGGCCUUGUGGGAAGGGUUGCUGGCUGAGGACAUGGUAUGGGGGGCAUUUGGGUGCCACCCUCACUUCGCCAAUGACUAUUCACGAAACCAUGAGCACAACAUACUUAUGGCCAUGCGGCACCCAAAAGCUGUGGCGUUUGGAGAGAUGGGCUUGGACUACUCGCAUAAAAACUCCACCCGCUCCUCCAAGCAGAAACAGGUAUUUGAGCGUCAGUUGCAUUUGGCCGUGGCCAUGCAGAAGCCCCUGGUGAUCCACUGCAGGGAUGCAGAUGAUGACCUCCUGGCAAUUAUGAAGAAGUGUGUCCCGAGGGACUACAAAAUUCACCGGCACUGUUUCACUAGCAGUUACCCAGUGAUAGAGCCCUUCCUGACAGAGUUUCCCAACCUGUAUGUGGGUUUCACGGCUCUGAUCACCUACUCCAGCGCCACUGAUGCCCGAAAUGCUGUUCGCAAAAUCCCUCUCAACCGCAUUCUGUUGGAGACUGACGCACCAUACUUCCUACCAAGACAGGUGAGUAAAGACGUCUGCCGGUUUUCUCAUCCUGGAAUGGGCAUCCAUACUCUGCAAGAAGUCAGUCUGCUGAAAGGCGAGGACAUGUCCACCGUCCUCAGCACCGUUCGCAACAACACUGUUCAGCUCUAUGGCAUAUGA